AUGCCAGUGGAUGCCAGUGGAUGCCAUGAUACAUUGAUCACAUCGAGUUACGAAUUGGCGCAAACGCCGUCGCAAUGGCUGGGAAAACGGCAAACCGACAGAAGUGCUCCCUCAGCCUGGAGAGGGCGAGACGUUGCGAGAAAUCAUGGCCGUGUCAAAUUGACUAAUUUCUCCCUCGCAAAUCUAGCACUGAAGCUAGAGGUGCUGAAUGAUCCGUCUCCGCAGCUUUCUCACGGUCACUCGAGCCUCCACGUAAAGUCACAAGAAUUUCCCCAAGCACGGUAUUUGAAACGAGACCAAAAAUAUUCCAAUGGAAAGCAGGACCAGGCUUCAGGGAUGCUGGAUUUCAGCCUCCACCCGCUCCACCACCAGAAAGAGCUUGAUUCGCUUUUACUUGCACGAUUCUGGCGACUGGCAUCAUAG